AUGCCAGACUCAUUGAUGGAUGAUGCAGGGAGUGCCGGUGAUGGUUCAAUGUAUGCCCAGGUCCUUAGAGACGAGGAACUGGAUGAGAAAUUCCCGAAUCGGCCGCGGAAUCACUCCAAGACUCUUCCAUUUCAUGAUCUUUUCUUGGCUCUCUUCAAUCCAUUAAAUGACAACAAAAAGAAGCCCACUGGUCCAGUUAUGGCAAGAAAGAAACAGGGCCCCCAUGGACCGACUAGCCAAAACCCACAUGAGAUUCGCCAGAACAUCAUCGAGCGUUUCAUUUCGAGAUGGAGGAAAGAGGUAGGCAAUGACAUCCACCCGGCUUUCCGCCUUAUCAUCCCAGAGAAGGACAGGGAGCGAGCUAUGUAUGGUCUCAAAGAGAAGACCAUAGCAAAGCUACUGAUCAAGAUUAUGAGACUUAACAAAGAUGCCGAGGAUGCAUACAGUCUGCUCAAUUGGAAACAGCCUGGACAAAGUUCAGUCAGUAGGAUGGCCGGGGAUUUUGCAGGUCGUUGCUACGAAGCCAUCUCCAAAAGACCCAUUCUUACCGAAGUCGGAAACAUGACAAUUGGCGAAGUCAAUGACCUUCUUGACAAGCUGUCUGCCGCUCAAAAAGAAGAUGCCCAAGAGCCGAUUUUUGCAGAGUUCUAUAAGAGGAUGAACGCUGAGGAGAUGAUGUGGUUGAUUCGAAUCAUCCUCCGUCAGAUGAAGGUAGGGGCUACAGAAAAAACGUUCUUUAGUAUCUGGCAUCCCGACGCGGAUAGUCUCUUCAACGUGUCGUCCAACCUUCGCCGCGUCUGCUGGGAGCUGUACGAUCCCUCCCUUCGAUUAGAGGGGGAAGAGCGGGGAAUCACGUUGAUGCAGUGUUUUCAGCCACAACUGGCUCAAUUUCAGAUGAACUCUCUCCAGAAAAUGGUCGAGAGGAUGAAGCCUACCGAAGAUGAUUCUGUAUUCUGGAUUGAAGAAAAGCUUGACGGGGAGAGAAUGCAACUUCAUAUGAUCAGCGACGACGAGAUACCUGGAGGAAAAAGAUUCGGCUUCUGGUCACGGAAAGCAAAGGAGUAUACCUACCUCUACGGCAACGGGUUUGAGGAUCCGAAUUCGGCGCUGACCCGGCACCUCAAAGAAGCAUUUGAUGAGGGAGUAGAGAACAUUAUACUCGAUGGUGAAAUGAUCACAUGGGACCCCGAGCAAGAUGCAAUGGUACCGUUUGGGACGCUUAAGACAGCGGCCCUCGCUCAGCAACAGAAUGAAUUUGCGACAAAGAGCAUUCGACCGCUCUACAAAGUCUUCGACGUCCUCUACCUGAACGGUCAAGCGAUAACAAAUUAUACAUUACGCGAUCGUAGAAGAGCACUCGAACGGACUGUCAAAGGCGUCGCUCGAAGGAUGGAAGUUCACACCUACGAAGAAGCCAAGACUGCUACAGCAAUUGACCCUCUCCUGCGCAAAGUUGUGGCGGAGGCAUCUGAGGGCUUAGUACUCAAGAAUCCUCGUUCCUCGUAUCGCCUGAACGAACGUAGUGAUGAUUGGAUGAAGGUCAAACCUGAAUAUAUGACAGAGUUUGGUGAAAACCUCGACUGCCUCAUCAUUGGUGGCUAUUACGGUUCAGGUCAUCGCGGCGGUAGAUUAUCAUCCUUUAUGUGCGGUCUGCGAGUUGAUCGAAAUCAGAUAAGUCAAGGCGCCAAUCCAAUGAAGUUCUAUUCCUUCUUCAAGGUUGGAGGUGGCUUCACUGCAGCGGAUUACGCUGAAUUACGGCAUCGAACUGACGGUAAAUGGAGGAAGUGGGAUUCCAGGCACCCACCCACUGAAUACAUUGCACUAGGCGGAGAUCAGCUGCAAUUCGAACGGCCAGACGAGUGGAUUCUACCUAUUGAUUCGGUUGUAGUCGAGGUUAAAGCCGCGUCCGUUGCAGUGACAGAUCAAUUCAAGAUGGGAUUCACUUUGCGCUUUCCCAGAUUCAAGAAGCUUCGUACCGAUCGUACCUGGGAGACUGCGCUCUCAAUAACAGACUUCAUCACCCUUAAAGGAAAUGCUGAGAAGGAGGGAAAAGAAAAGCAAUUCAAGAUUGACGAUAGCAGGAGGAAACGACAGCGAGUACCAAGGAAUAAGCUUCUUACGGUAGCAGGUGCUGAGGUUCUCUGUGAUGUGCCAGUUGGUAGGAAAGCGAUCAACGUAUUCGAGGGUCUGAACUUCUAUAUAAUGACAGGAUCUCAGAAACCAGAGAAGAAGUCCAAAGCGGAAUUGGAGCAUCUGGUCAAGUCCAAUGGUGGCAAGGUCGUCCAGAAUGAUUCAAGACCCGGCACAGUCUGUAUAGGCGACCAGAGGACCGUCCACGUUGCUUCUUUGUGCAAGCGUCGCAGUGUUGAUAUAAUCAAAUCAUCUUGGGUUUUCGACAACAUCCGGCAGAGCGAAGCGGACCAAGGCAGGCCUACGUUGCUACUGCCUUUAGAGCCAAGGCACAUGUUUUUCACCACUGCGGAAUCAGAAUCUCAAAUUGAAGGUGCUAUAGAUGAAUACGGCGAUAGCUUUGCCAGGGAUAUCACAGUGGGAGAACUCAAAGAGAUUUUCAACUCCAAGCCUGCCAAGUUCGAGCACAGCUUCAGUGCCAAGGAAUUCAAAGGCGAGCUUGAGCAGCACGGACACGAUCUGGGGGAGCUUCCGGGCUGGAUGUUUGAAGGCUUGCUUCUCUACACUGACGGACAGCUUGCUAAUGACGCUUCCUUGACGGACGAGAAAUCGGAUUUCAGGAUGAAGCAAGCCUGUGAUACUGCUAGGUUUGCUGGAGCGCGUCUCACGAACGAUCUGAAGGAAGGCAUCACGCAUGUCCUCGUAGGAGAGGACAGAAGCACUACAAGGGCUUUGAGACAGAAAACAUCCGAGUUUCAACGCCUGCCACGCCUUGUAACGGUUGGUUGGGUCGAGCAAAGCUGGCAAGAGAGAACGCUGCUGGAUGAAGACCGGUUCGCGCCAACAUGA